AGACGGUAAAGAAGAGCCCACCGAUAUGAGCGGCAAAGUAAACAUGGAGACCCAGUCCAAAGAACCUGACGGCACACCUCCUGACCCAUCGCCCUCCUCUGCUGGUGAGACCAUCCUCAUCUGCGACAGCGUCGCCAAGAAACCCCGAGCCCAGCCCCACGCCACCACCACCACAGCUCUCCUCCUUCAAGCUCCUCCUGGUCACCAGAAAGUGGAACUGACUCAAGCCCUGGCAGUGGCAAACCCAGGGAAAGGCAGCAGACCAAAUGAGAUAGCUGGCCCCACCCUGACAGCACAGGUUGGGGGGGCUUGUAGCAUCGUCCAUGUCCUGGAGUGGAAGGAGGGGAUGGCCAUUCUGCCCAGUAGCAACCUGAAGUUCUGUGUGAGUGAUGUAGGGACUCUGAGCACACUGAUAGCCCCAGGGACCACCAGCACCCCUGCUGACCCAUCAGCUGGGACCUCUGGAAGAGCCAUCGAGGCAGAAGGCCCUCCAGACAAACCAGUCCCGGAAGUGUCUGUUCCUGUCAGUGCUGUGAGAGCUGCAGCUGUGGAGCCAGAGAGGCUGGUUCCUGUCAAACCUGAGGUCCAGGUGGGGGCAGAGCAGCAGAACCAUGACCCGAGAGCACAACGGGGCUACGUGGAGGAGCUCCGAAGGGACCCCAUCCUGGACAAGAGGAGUGUCAGUGUGGAGAAGGUUCCUGCAGGCGGGAGGGUGUCCUCCCUGAACCCAGACCACCUGAAACCCAUGAGGAAGAGGAAGAGGAAGGAGUACCUGAGCCCGUCUGAGGAGGAUUCUGACAUGGAGUGCACGGAUGAGAAGAUGGAUUAUUCUAAAGCUGAUUGCCGGCACAUCAGAGGAGGAGGAGACAGCAAGACUGAGCAAUGGACGUGGGCUCAGUAUCUGGAGGAAACCAAAUCUGUUGCUGCUCCUAACAAACUCUUCCAUCAGGCACAGAGAGUUCCCACCGUGAAGAACGGCUUCAAGCAGGGGAUGAAGCUGGAAGGCAUUGACCCGCAGCAUCCGUCUAUGUACUUCGUUCUCACUGUGGCUGAGGUGUGCGGUUACCGGCUGAGGCUCCAUUUUGACGGUUACAGCGACUGUCAUGACUUCUGGGUGAAUGCCAACUCUCCCGACAUCCACCCCGCAGGCUGGUGUGAGAGCACCAACCACAAGCUGCACACCCCUAAAGGCUGUAAGGAGGAGGAGUUCACAUGGAACAACUAUCUGAGGAUGACUAAAGCUCAGGUUGCCCCCAAAGAACUUUUUGCCAGUCCUGGCAGGAUGGAUGUGAAGUGUGGUUUCGAGACAGGAAUGAAGCUGGAGGCCGUCGACCGGAUGAAUCCUUCACUCAUCUGUGUCGCAACUGUCACAGACGUGGUGGACGACCGCUUCCUGGUUCAUUUUGACAACUGGGAUGAUACAUAUGACUACUGGUGUGAUGCCAGCAGCCCGUAUAUUCAUCCUGUCGGCUGGUGCCAGGAGAGGAACCUCCCACUAACACCACCCCAAGUGUUUCCCGCUGAUCCAGAUUAUCCCGACCCAGGCCAGUUUACCUGGACGCGGUACCUGGAGGAGACCGGUUCUAAGGCUGUGGCUGCUGAUGCCUUUAAAGUGAGGGCUCCUCACAGCUUCCAGCCUCAGAUGAAACUGGAAGCUGUAGACAAGAGAAGCCCCGGUCUGAUCAGAGUGGCCACAGUGGAAGAAGUAGAGACUCAUCGCAUUAAGGUUCAUUAUGAUGGUUGGAGUCAUGUCUACGAUGAGUGGAUGGACUCAGAUCACCCAGACAUCCACCCAGCAGGCUGGUGUGAAGCAACUGGUCACCCUCUGAAAGUUCCCCCUCGGGACACUAAAAGUCAGCAACCGCACGGUGUGAGAGAGCCUCCCACUACGGGCCAGAACCCCUAUCCGACCACGGUUCCCUGCAAACCCAUCAGCCACCCCAGAACCAACAAGUACAGUUUCCACAACAGGAAGUGUCCGACUCCAGGUUGUGAUGGUUCGGGUCAUGUGACGGGCCGGUUCACGGCCCAUCACUGCAUAUCGGGCUGCCCGCUGGCGGAGCGGAACCAGGGAAGGCUGAAGGCCGACCUGUCGGAUUCUGAGUGCAAGAGGAACCUCUUCUUUGGCCAGAGGACUAAGAAAGCUCAUUACCGUGGCAGGAUUGGCCGUCCACCCAAAUACAGAAAGAACCAGCAAAGGGACUACCAGAGCAUGUCUUCAGACGGAGGCUAUCCGUCCCUCUUCGUGUCCGCUCUGAGCGGCCAAUCGGACCGAACCCUCUCUCUCUGCUGGGAGCAGCACUGUAAGCUGCUACCAGGGGUCCAGGGAAUCCACGCCAGCCAGGUGGCAACAUGGAGUGUUGAGGAGGUCUUCAGGUUCGUCCAGAAUUUGAUUGGCUGUGAAGAUCAGGCUCGUCUCUUUAAAGAGGAGAUGAUUGAUGGGGAAGCUUUGCUGCUGCUCACCCAGACCGACAUUGUGAAGAUCAUGAGCAUCAAACUAGGGCCUGCCCUCAAGAUCUCCAAUGCCAUCCUCAUGUUCAAGACCACAGAUGAGGGGCUCAAGUGAUAUCACCCUCCCUCACUAGAGGAGAUCAUCGUGUGCCAAAUCCAUUCUGUAGCAGGGG